CCUUUUCCAUUGCCCCGUCGAAGCAAUAGAGAACGUCUUUCUCGUUCAAACAAUGGCGCUGUGCUCGUGCGUGUGCGUGCGCUUAGCGUGUGUGUGUGUGUGUGGGUUGGAGGUGUGCGCUCCAAUUGGUGUGUGUGUGUGUGUGUAUUUUCCAAAUCGGUAGAAACGAGGGGAUGUUGGGAAAGUUCUAUACCCCCUCCCUCAACGAACACGGUAACAACGGGCCGGGAAAGGGACAGCAGCGUCAGGUUGUGAUUGUUGCAUUUUUCCUUUACCAUGGAACAAACCAACACACACACGCACACACACACACCGCAGGCAGGCGAAUUGAUUUGCGCGUGAAAGAUGUAGAAGAGGUCGCAAAGCAACAAAAUACUGCGUUUCAAAAUUUUGGCCCCAUACCUUUUGGGUGGUGGGAUUGGACCAAGAAAUGACCCUGCCGCCUAGUGCUGGAAAGGAGGGUGUAAAGGCGGAGCAGCGAAGGGAUGAAUGUUUUCUUCUUUUUGCUCUUGCAUUUAGUCUGUUGGCGUGAUUUCUUAUCGCGCGAGGCAAGGAGAGCCGGACGGGGUUGUUUACAACACACAUACACCCCCCGCACACACACCCCCCAUUUUUCCCCUUUCUCCUCCUCUUACUCCUCGUCCGCCACCUCCAGCAACCCUCUCCGCAAGCGAUUAAAAUGCUCUCUUUAUUGCCCCCCCCCCCCCUUGAUUGCUGCUGCUGCUGUGCUGCUUGUGUGUGUUACCACCUGUUGGCGAGGGGGGUUGGUUUGAAAAAACCUAAGAAAAAAAUAAUGGACAAAUUUCCACCCACACGAGAUUGGGCAAUGAUGGUUUCGAUGGUCAAAAUGGAGUGAAGUCGGCAUUAAUUAAUUUCAGAACGAACCCAUUACUCUUUCGCUCGGUGCAAUACUCUGCAAUAGGGGAUGAAAAAAGUGCAGUGAACGCGGAUGCCCUCUCUCUUUCUCUCUCCCUCCCUAUCUCUUUCGCUUUUUCUCUGUCCCAUUCUCUCGUACUCGCUUUCUCUCACACAUCUCGCCUACUGCCGUUUGGUUGAUGAUUGAAAAGCAUCAUCACAAUAUUGUGCUGUACCGUGGUUUUGUUGUUGGUUGUGUUGGGUUGGAGAAGGUGCUGACGGAGGAAAUAUUGGCGAACGAUAGUGUGUGCGUGUGCGUGUGUGUGAAAGAGAGCAACUGUUUGUGGGGUGAAGGGGGUUACUUUUGGUUUUGUGUGUGUGUGUGUGUGUGUGUGUGCGUGUCCGUGUGCCCGAAAGAUGGAUGAAAGUGGCGAAAGAAAAUGCUCUCAUCACAUCCUUCUUUCCACCCGGGGAACUGAUCGCGUCAAGAAGGAUUGCUUAAAAUGAAGCACGAUCAAGCAGCGGUUUAGCGCCACGAAACUUAUAAACGACGACGAAAGGUGUAUGUUUGUGUGUGUGUCUCUCUCUCUCUAUGUGUUUGUGAGUGCAUAUGUUUCGAGCGUGAGUGAGAGAAAGAAAGUUUUGGCAAUAGCAAAAGAAAAAGAAGAAGAAGAGCAACCUUUCUUCACCCCCUCCAUCAUCGCCAUCUCCACCUCCACGGGGGCGCCACACGGUGUGUGUGUGUUGUUUGUCGGUCGAUGAGGAGGAGACCGAAACGAGCCAGAAGUGAAGUGAGAGCAACGUGAGAGAAAGCAUCGCCGCCGCCACCGCCACCGCAACAGCGAAUUAGGUGUACUGUUGCCAAAAGGGAAGGCAAAGCAAGAGGUGUGAGGGGGAAACCAGCCCGCGGCACACGCCUGUCGCACGGCGGCGUGUGUGUGUGUGAAACGUGGAGGGCAAAACCGCUACUAACAGCGCCCCACCGCACCGUGUGUACGACCUGCUGCCACUCACCACCCUCAAAAUCGCGACCGCCCCCUGUCCCACGCUCUCCGUCCCUUCCCGGGCACAGAGGUGGUACCGACGAAACCAGACGAACUGGAACAAGCGGGGACAGCAGGCCGCGAGCGAGCGAGCAAAAUCUACACUCCCCGCUACACCCCUCCCCACCUACACACCGCCCAACCCGUGUGCCCCGUGGCCGAUCUUGCACGGGCGGCGAUCGUCGCGCCACCCUUCCCUCUGCAAGCGCGGCGCGAGUCAGCGAAGAAGCAGUGGCCAAGAAGUGAACUAUAACGAAACACACUCAGGUUCUCGCCGUGGACUAUGGAUCCAAUAUUCUUUUCUCCCUCCAAUGGAGUUCCUUCAGAGAGCAAGCUGGCAACGUACAUGAGUCGUCAAAACGGAACGACUGCCGCGUACGGACUGCCGAUGGGUCUCUCCAAGAUAACGCUCGAUUCUCCCAUAUCGCUCAAAAAAACACAGGUGACACCACAGUCGCCCGAAUUCAUUCCAAACAAUCGACUGAGCACGUCCUCGUCGCCGAACUUUUACUCGUCCUACUCGAUACUUAGCAGCAGCAAUGGUAGCGCCGGCAGCAACGGCAGUACGGCCGCUGUCGCCGCCCAACCGCCGUCCCAGCAGGCCACCGUCGUACCGGCGGCGGUGCUGUCCUCGGUAGUGAAGAGCGGCGGGGUCGUCACCAACGGUGGCUACGUUGGGCCGGGUGGCGGCGGACCCGUACCGGGCAACAUACUGGCCGGUGCACUGAGCAGCACAUCCGCCUUUGCGGUCACACCGAUCAAGGGACGAAACAUGCUGCGAAACGAAUCACCGCAAAGUACUAAUACAUCUCCCCGUAUUACGCCCCAACCUUCACCACCGCCAAUUACCACCAACAUUCAUCAAGAAAAUGUUGGUGGCACUACGUACUUCUAUCCAACGGCAGCCAACCAUCAGCUGUCGUCGAGCAGUACAGUUAACACGACUGAUAACUCCUUUGUCCACAUAGCAAGCUCACAAAUUAAUAUAAGUUACACCCAUCCAGGACAUGUUUACCCGGGACCUGCAUCGCACGUGAUCAACAUGCAAUCGAAGGCACAAGUGUCGGCCGCAUUCUUCAUGCAGGACGAGCUGCGGAACGACAUUUUAGCGCGAAACGAACUCAUCAACAGUAUCGAGAGCGACGGUCAAGAUAUACCUCUGGAAGUGGAAAACUAUCACUCGCUGUGUUUGCUCGAGUCGGUACAGCUGCACACAAAGCUGGCACCGUCGUCCACGUACCGGGCAACGCAUGCCGUUACCGGCGUCAAGUACUGCCUGCGGCGUCUUCAUGGUUUCCGUCUACAGUCCACCAAAUGUGUGCAGGUGGUGGAUAAGUGGAAGAAGCUGCAGCACACAAACAUUGUGCAGCUGCGGGAAGUCUUUACCACGAAAACUUUCGGUGAUAAUUCUUUAGUAAUGGUGUACGACUAUCAUCCCGGGUCACAGACGCUGCUCUCCAAGUACUUCACAUCCGUUCCGGAAACGAACGGCUACACCGACCCGUUCGCCGGCGAAGCUCGUCCCUUCAGCCACAAAAGUUCUCUACAUCGUACAGCCGCCACGUCACUCCUGCCAGAGAAUGAAAUAUGGUCAAUUAUCAUACAGCUGAGUGCGGGUCUGCGUGCGAUACACCAGGCCGGGCUAGCGUGCCGUACGUUAGAUCCGACGAAAAUCAUUGUGACCGGCAAACGGAUACGGUACAGCUGUGUGGGCAUAUCGGACAUCUUCUCGUUCGACCCGAACCAACCAAACCCGCUCACGGUGUUAGAUCAUCACCAGCAGGAGGAUCUAUUGGCACUGGGAAAGCUAAUACUGGCGUUAGCUUGCCGUUCCUUACAGUCGGUCCAGCGGGAUCAAAUUCAAAGCAGCGUCGAGCUCGUCUCCCGUCACUACUCUUCUGAUCUUAGAAAUAUUCUAAUAUGUCUGCUGAACACGAAUACCCGCCGCUCGGUGACGGAGAUCAUGCCCAUGAUCGGUGCCCGAUUCUACGUGCAGCUCGACGCACUCCAAGCCCAAUGUGAUAUACAGGAGGAUGAACUGGCGAAAGAGAUGGAGAACGGCCGACUGUACCGGCUGCUCGUGAAGCUCGGCUGCAUCAACGAACGGCCAGAGCUAAACCUGGACGUGACGUGGUCGGAAACAGGCGAUCGCUACAUGUUGAAACUGUUUCGGGACUAUCUCUUCCACACCGUCACCGAGGAUGGCCGCCCGUGGCUGAACCAGUCCCAUAUCGUACAGUGCCUCAACAAGCUGGAUGCUGGCACGAUGGAAAAGGUUCAACUUAUGUCCCGUGACGAACAAUCAGUAUUAGUGGUGACCUAUGCUGAGCUGAAGCACUGUCUCGAUCAGGCAUUUUCCGAGCUGGUAGCAGCGAGCGAAGGUUCCGUCUAGUGGCCAACCGGCACUGCAUGGCCGCCGCCGUCGCCGCCGCCCCCCACACGCUGCACCGGAUGAAGGGCGAAAGAAGGCUGGCUGCUGCUCUGGCGUGCAGCAGCGUUCCAUCCAUCUUCCUUUCACCUUUUCGUGCGUGUGUGUGUGUACAGUGCAGUUGCUCUUUCUCUACGCCCGCGUUUACCUCUCCCCCUCCCAUAAAAUCCCGCCAAAACGGUCCGAUCUCUCCGUCUUUUCCUACAGUUACUAUAUUAGGUUGUGUCGUGUACUUGGUUCUAACUUCAACCAAUGAGCUUUCUCUCUUUCUCUCGUUAUUUUUUUUUUCUUGCAGAACUGCAAUUCACAUGAAAUAAUGCGCCAAUAAUGCUCGCCCAAUCACCGAGUGGUAUAGUGUGUUUGUGGCAGGAAAGGAGGAGAGAGUAUUAUUAUUUUUUUUUUUUUGGCAAUCUUCCACCAUACCGAAUGGUUCGAAAACAGGGAAAAAGUACAUUGUUUGUUGACAGCGGCGCAAAGGCGUCACGCAAGCGUGUUAAAGUUAUAGACUGAUCGAAACACAAAGAAACAAAACGCAAGAAAACUGAUGAAUCUAUACAGUCGAUAGUAAAACAAUGCAUGAAACAACAACAACAACAACAACUACAACAAAACGGUAUGUACAACAACGACUUCAAAGUGGUGUGACUAUCAUUUGUGAUACAACAAUAUACUAAAAAAAAAAGGAAAAAGGCGGACUUCGCUCACUGUAUCUGCUCCAGCUUUUGGAGCGGAGUUGAACCGAUGGGCGGGCGCAGCACCGCAUCCUGGUGAAUUAUAAUUGUGCAAACAUUCUCUACAAACCGCUUUACCCUUUCCUGUUUUAUGUCCCGCUUGUUGCUUAAUGUUCCACGAUUAAGUUGUGAUUUAUUUAGGCUCCAAUUGAUUUGCCCCGAAUGGAGUUCUAGUAUGGUAGCUUUUUUGUUUGUUUGUUUCGUGCAUCGAGUUAUUGCACACACACACACACAACGUAGGCAAAACACGGCAUUAACAGUUCCUGGGAUAUAAUGCUGGCGGUAUGCAAAUAGUGUACGUUCUGAUGUUCUGUUAAUUGAAACGAUCCGUUAUGGAAACACUUACAAAAAAGAAAGAUCGUAUUUUGCUAGUUUAAGGUUGAGAUGAAAUAGGCGUUUUAGGUGAUUUAAGGAUUUCUGUUUAAACGAAAAAGCGAACCAACAGGGUGAUAAAACAGAAACAAACAAAAGUAAAGAAAGGUAUAGUUGGGAUAUAUAUUUUUUUUUAAUUUUUUCUGUUUCCACAUUGUUUUGCUGUGUUAUUGAAAUUGAUUUUUGUCUCGCUAUAGAAUGUAAAUGUGUAUCGGAAAAUUGUAGUACAACUUCUCAAACGUAAGACUGCUGCUUCUAAAAGCACUUGUUUUUCUUUCCUUUUUUGUGGUGCGAUCAAGUCUUGACUAAGUGUGUGUUGUUUUGGAUUUUUUGGGGAAGAAAUUUGAAGUUUAUUUUAACUUAAAACUACUUGUGGUGCACAUAGCAGCUGACUUUUUUUUUGUGUGCAUAAAAACUGUUCGUAAGAGACAAGUGCAGUGGAAUUUUAACUAAAACAACAAUAACAACUAGUCGCGGGCCGAACAAAGACGAUCAGCUUUUAAUGGCGACAAGUGACUGGUGUUGUUUAGUAGAUUAGUAAGGUUGACUUACUUUCCCCCUCGCGCUAAGUGAUGUGUUACAGCUUGCAAUGUCGGGUUGUUUACGCUAAUGUGGAAUAGUAUCGGCAUCGUGCAAACAAGGAAGCAAAUGUGUUUUGUGUUUGUUUUCAUUUUGAAAGUCGCAAAAACGAAGCGACGGAGAGGAAAAUGUUAAUUGAAGUUGAAGAUUGGAACACGCUCAACACCACCCGCACGUUGAGCAAUGGCAGACGUGGAGGCAAGGGGGAAAAAGCUAAUAUAUAUAUACACACAUACAUAUACUUCCAAGAGAAACACAGGAGGAUGUGGGCCGAAGCCGCGACAGGACAUAAUGACAAAACUCUGGGCAAAGAAGGAGAGAGAGGCGCGGCGGUGUUGACGGAGUGGAGCUGUGCCGUGUUUGUUGGUUAUUUGAAGGUAAAACAUGAAAAAAGACUUUUUAUUGUGACAAAUAAUAUUUAACGCAAGCAAGCAAACAACAAGCACACAUGCGAGAGAGAGAGAGAGAUGCAGCGCGUGUCGCGUAAGAAGGGCGCACGCAUUAUAAUACGCAGCAGCCGCAUGUGAACGUGCAGGUGUAGCUGAAAACGAAAAGAAAACACAACAGAAGAGAAAGAGAGAGACAGAGAGAGAGAGAAACAAGAUAAAUUAAACCAGAGAUAUAUUUGUAUAAAAAAAUGGAAUAGAAAACAGGCGAAAAAGUGUGGCGGAAAAUAUGCACAAAACGAAGAAAGUAGAUCAAAAAAUGAAGUGGAACAGAGACAGAUAGAGGAAAGGCAGUGCUUGUUGAGCGCAAUUAUGUUUCCAGUUUGGGCACAGUCGUGUUGUCACCAUCAGGGCCUGAUGUAUUGUCUUGUUGGACUUUUCCACUGGCGAACCGACCCGGUCGGACAACAGAACUGGAAGCUAUCUGCUUUUUUUAUUUUAUUUUUUUUGGUUUCAUUCUUUGCUUACCUUUUUUGAUAGAACUCUUCUAGUUGAGUUGCUUUUCAUAAAUUUUCAUAAUGUUCUAUGUUUUUUUCCUUUUCUGUUUUUACUUUACUUCCGUUCUGUUCCCUGUUAACAAAAUUUUCUCUCCUUUUUUUUGCCUUACCUUUUCCCCCCACUUCUGUUCCAAACGCUCUUGGAAUUCGUUUAUAAGAAAACAACAAUCAUUUCUACACUCUUAUUAUAGCCGGCUGACACUGCUGUGCAACAGGCCACAGCGUCAAGCAGAAGGCGCGAUAAAAAAAAUAUUAUUUACAUAACAAAACAAAAAAUAACGCAUAGAAUACUUACCUUUUAAAAUAUAUUGUAUGUGUAAUAUGGCCGUGUAGAUUCUAUUUCGAUAGCUUCAGCAUAUGAAGCGAACCUCUAGCAUCGCGCGCCGAGAAAGGCAGCAACGCACGAAGACGACGACGACGACGAUGAUGAUUAAAUGUGUAGCAACACUGAAACGAUGGUAGCUUUUCGUAUUUGUUUUUUUUUCUGUUUUGUUUUACGUUUUUAAAAAGCAUCUUACCCCUUCCCCCUCUGUUCCACUACCCGGAACAGUUUUUUUUUCUACGUUUUCUGUCUCUCGAACACACACACACACAGACAUAAGCACGAAACGAUCGUAAAUAUCAUCAUCCCUCCGUUGUGAUAAUGCAAGAACCCGCGAUCUGAUCUCAUUUUAUUUUUGGUCAUCCCGGACUGAAUGGACACACAGUUUUUGAUAACGUACAGAAACACAUACACACAUUACGUACGCGUUUCCAUUGUGCGGGAGUUGGUUGGUGCGUUUUUUUUUUUGUUGUUCUGGCAAUUUUCUACUAACACUACUCCCACCCACCACCACUGAGCAACCAAAACAACUGCGCCUGUAACGCGAAGGAAAAAUUAGAACUUACAAAACUAUAAUCAACACAUGGUACAAUCGAAAGACACGGGCGUCCUUGCUUUAUUUUUCGGUUUUUCAAUUAGCCAUGGACAAAA